AUGCCACUGAACACUGAAGGAAAACAACUCACCCCACAAGACGUGCCUUCCCAGGAAGACACCGACAAACUCAGAGAGUCUGUGAGAGGGAUCUUGAACCCUGACGGCAAAAACGACACCAUGGAUGGUUACAUCAACAAUACCUUUAGUUAUGUCCAAGACAUGCUUAACAAGGUAGCCCAUGCUGACGACAAGGACGCUGCUUCCCAAGAGAUUGCUGAUGAUAUUGUGCUGAGAUUCAAGGGUUGGGCUGAGAAGCAGCAGCAAGACAGAGAGGACAGAAAGAACGAGAGGCAUGCCAAUGAGAAGCAGGAAGCUGAGGCUCCUCAGGAAGAAGGAAUCUCCGAGAAGGACGCUUAA